UGUGGAAUUUGUCUUUGAGGCGUACGGUCGGUUCGACGGUUGCACGCACAUUUAAACUACGAAGUUUGAGUGCAGAAAAUCGAAAAAGAAAUAAUUGAGACGAAAAAAAUAAAAUACUGCUUGGACGCGCCAAGCAAGGAAAUAACAGAAAUUUGUUUAAAGUGAAAUAAACUUUCUGUAAGAGAAGGAACUUGUUCGAGUGUUGCAGCUAAUUAAGAGUGGCGCGCGCGUUUAUCAAAGCAAUUAAACUAAGCAUUCUAACUAAGCUUUGUAGCAGUGCAAAAGUUUUCUCGGCUUUGCCGCUAACAACAACAACAACAACGGCAACACCAACGCCGCCGUCGCAGUCGCAGGUCGCUGUCGACGCCGCCAUCAGAAAAAAGUGCUCAAACAAGAUUUCCACUUGAAAUUCCUGAAUUUCGUUUGCGACGCGCAGCAUUAAAAGAAAAAAAAAGAAAUAAAUCGAAAUAUAAAAGCGCAAUACAAAUAAUACAAAAGUUUCGGCAAGUGUAGAAGUCAUCAUUUUCAAGUGUUUCUAUAUAUGUGUAUAUGUAUGCAUUUGUGUUAUAAUUCGCUGCAAUUUGGCUAAAGUUUUGGAUUAGCGGUGCUUUUAUUUACAUUGCUGUGCCUGACUAAAUGCAGGUCACAGGCAAACGGAGCUGAUGAUGUUCAUAACGAUGAUGAAGUUGCUGGCGAGGCGAGUCUAACUGCUGACAGCAAAGUGCAGCGCUGCAAAGACGUGCGUAUCUCAAAGAUACAAAUAGUAGAAGCGCAUUUCCGCCUGGUCGCCUACCUAACAGCGUGGACGGAACGGAACGGGACGUGGUCGGCUACCUACGUAGAGCUCUCGUUGCUCUUUUGUUCAUCACUCGUCACUUGUUACUCGCUGCUCUCCCGCUCUCUGCUCUCUGCCGCGUCGCUGCAACUGUCCAGCUGCUAUCAGUUCUGCCGUGGCGCGCGGUCGCGACGGUCCGCAAAAACAACAAAAAUAAAGUGUAGAAAAGAAACGAAACGGAAUAAGUGAGCGCCGAACAACGAGAAUCGAACAACGACAACAAUAAUAGCAACAACAACAACGAAAUUUAUAUAAAUAAAUACAAAGUGCGGGGAGGAAAUACGUUUACGGUAACGGAAAACGGAAAACGGGAAACGGUCGCCAUCAAUCCUUUUUCCUUGUGCAAAUAUUUGUGGAAACGUGAUUGCUGUUGACAAAGUGGCGUCCGCACACGUACUCGAUACUUUCAAUUAGGCACGUUGCUUAUAAAUGUGCCACAAUGUCGUCGCCGUCGAGGACGACGCAACCGUCAACGCUGCAACCACCGACGCGUUGUAAAGCCACCGCCACGGCUAAGGCUAAGGCUUUAAUCCUAUUUCGUCUGAGGUCCCCCUUUCCGCUGUUGUUACUCCUGCUGCUGCUGGCCAUUACGGUGCAUGGUGAGCCGUAUGCCGGCGGCUUUGGCAGCUCGGCAAUUUCCAGUGGCGGUCUCGGUUCCGUUGGCAUUCACAUACCCGGCGGCGGAGUGGGCGUCAUUACGGAGGCACGUUGCCCACGGGUUUGCUCCUGCAGCGGCUUAACCGUUGACUGUUCGCAUCGUGGAUUAACGCAGGUGCCACGCAAAAUCUCAGCGGAUGUGGAACGACUCGAUUUACAGGGCAACAAUUUGACCGUGAUAUAUGAGACGGACUUUCAGCGCUUGACCAAGCUGCGAAUGCUUCAAUUAACGGAUAAUCAAAUACAUACCAUUGAGAAGAAUGCAUUGCAAGAUUUGGUUUCCUUGGAGCGACUACGCCUAAACAACAAUCGGCUUAAGGCAAUACCUGAAAACUUUGUGACAAGUUCAGCGAGUCUUUUGCGAUUGGACAUCUCGCACAACAUCUCGCACAAUGUCAUCACAACGGUUGGCCGAAGGGUCUUUAAGGGCGCCCAGUCGCUGAGGAGCCUGCAGCUGGACAACAAUCAGAUCACUUGCAUGGACGAGCAUGCCUUCAAGGGAUUGCUUGAGCUGGAAAUACUCACACUGAAUAACAAUAACUUGACCGCUUUGCCGCACAAUGCCUUCGGGGGAUUGGGAAAAUUGCGGGCGCUGCGCCUAUCGGAUAACCCGUUCGCCUGCGAUUGCCAUUUGUCCUGGCUGUCGCGCUACCUACGCAGUGCACCACGUCUCGCUCCCUAUACGCGCUGCCAGUCGCCAUCGCAGCUGAAGGGCCAAAACGUGGCGGACCUGCACGAUCAGGAGUUCAAAUGCUCAGGUCUCACCGAGCAUGCGCCAAUGGAAUGUGGCAUCGAGAACAGUUGCCCCCAUCCCUGUCGAUGUGCCGAUGGUAUUGUUGAUUGUCGUGAGAAGAGCUUGACGAGUGUGCCCGUUACUCUGCCAGAUGAUACCACCGAACUUCGCCUUGAGCAAAAUUUCAUUACGGAGCUGCCAGCGAAAUCCUUUUCGAGCUUUCGACGAUUGCGACGCAUUGAUCUGUCCAACAACAACAUCUCGAGGAUUGCACACGAUGCUCUUAGUGGCCUAAAGCAGCUAACAACGCUCGUGUUGUAUGGCAAUAAAAUAAAGGAUUUACCCUCGGGCGUAUUCAAAGGACUCGGCUCACUGCAGUUGCUGCUGUUGAACGCGAACGAGAUCUCCUGCAUACGCAAGGAUGCCUUCCGUGACCUGCACAGUCUCAGCCUGCUCUCGCUCUAUGACAACAACAUACAGUCGCUGGCUAAUGGCACAUUCGACGCCAUGAAGAGCAUCAAAACGGUACAUUUGGCCAAGAAUCCUUUCAUUUGUGACUGCAAUCUGCGCUGGCUGGCCGACUAUUUGCACAAAAAUCCCAUAGAGACAAGUGGAGCACGCUGUGAGUCACCCAAGCGGAUGCAUCGCCGGCGCAUUGAAUCGUUGCGCGAGGAGAAAUUCAAAUGUUCCUGGGAUGAAUUGCGCAUGAAGCUAUCCGGUGAGUGUCGCAUGGACUCCGACUGCCCUUCGAUGUGCCAAUGCGAGGGCACAACCGUUGACUGUGCGGGACGUGGACUUAAGGAAAUACCACGCGACAUUCCGUUGCAUACCACAGAGCUUCUACUCAACGACAACGAAUUGGGUCGCAUUAAUUCGGAUGGUUUAUUUGGGCGAUUGCCGCAUUUGGUUAAAUUGGAGCUAAAGCGUAAUCAACUCACUGGAAUUGAGCCGAAUGCCUUUGAAGGAGCAUCCCGUAUACAGGAUUUGCAAUUGGGCGAGAACAAGAUUAAGGAAAUUUCGAAUAAAAUGUUUUUGGGACUGCAUCAGUUAAAGACGCUCAAUCUUUAUGACAAUCAAAUUUCAUGCGUUAUGCCCGGCUCAUUUGAGCAUCUGAACUCGCUGACGUCUUUGAAUCUUGCAUCGAAUCCAUUCAAUUGUAAUUGUCAUUUGGCCUGGUUCGCCGAAUGGUUGCGUAAAAAAUCAUUGAACGGUGGCACAGCACGUUGUGCUGCCCCAUCGAAGGUACGUGAUGUGCAAAUCAAGGAUCUGCCCCACAAUGAAUUCAAAUGCAGCAGCGAGAACAACGAGGGAUGCCUCGGCGAUGGCUAUUGUCCGCCAGCGUGCACGUGCACCGGCACUGUGGUCCGUUGUUCGCGCAAUCAAUUGAAGGAAAUACCGCGUGGAAUUCCAGCCGAAACAUCCGAAUUGUAUCUGGAGUCCAAUGAGAUUGAGCAGAUACAUUUUGAGCGCAUCAGGCAUUUGCGUGCACUCACACGACUUGAUCUCAGCAACAAUCAAAUCACCAUACUAUCCAAUUACACCUUUGCCAAUCUGACCAAACUAUCCACGCUCAUCAUCUCGUACAAUAAGCUGCAGUGUCUGCAACGUCAUGCGUUGUCUGGUCUAAAUAAUCUGCGCGUGCUUUCGUUGCACGGCAAUCGCAUAUCGAUGCUACCGGAGGGUUCCUUCGAGGAUCUCAAGUCGUUGACACACAUUGCACUUGGCAGCAAUCCAUUGUAUUGUGAUUGCUCAUUGAAAUGGUUCUCGGAUUGGAUCAAACUGGAUUAUGUGGAGCCGGGAAUUGCACGCUGUGCGGAACCGGAGCAUAUGAAGGAUAAGCUGAUACUAUCGACGCCCUCGUCGAACUUCGCCUGUCGCGGCAAGGUGAGGAACGAGAUAUUGGCCAAGUGCAAUGCCUGCUACGAGCAACCGUGCCAGAACAAGGCCCAGUGUCUGGCAUUGCCACAGCGGGACUAUCAGUGCCUGUGCCAGCCGGGCUAUCAUGGCAAGCACUGUGAGUACAUGAUCGAUGCCUGCUAUGGUAAUCCGUGUCGGAACAAUGCCACCUGCACGGUGCUGGAGGAGGGACGCUUCAGUUGCCAGUGUGCGGCAGGAUACACAGGAGCACGCUGCGAGACGAACAUCGAUGAUUGUCUGGGCGAUGAGAUACGCUGCCAGAAUAAUGCCACCUGCAUCGAUGGCGUCCAGUCGUAUCGGUGCGAGUGCCAGCCCGGAUUCACCGGUGAAUGGUGCGAUACGAAGAUUCAGUUCUGCAGCCAGGAAUUCAAUCCCUGUGCGAAUGGGGCCAAGUGCUUGGAUCACUUUACGCACUACAGCUGCGAUUGCAUGGCCGGAUUCCAUGGCAUGAACUGCACGGAUAACAUCGAUGAUUGCCAGAAUCAUAUGUGCCAAAAUGGCGGCACCUGUGUCGAUGGCAUCAAUGACUAUGUGUGCAAGUGUCCGGAUGACUUUACGGGCAAAUACUGUGAGGGACACAACAUGAUCUCCAUGAUGUAUCCACAGACAUCGCCCUGCCAGAAUCAUGAGUGCAAACAUGGCGUCUGCUUCCAGCCGAAUGCCGCUGGCUCCGAUUACCUAUGCAAGUGUCAUCCGGGUUACACGGGCAAAUGGUGCGAGUAUCUCACCAGCAUUAGUUUUGUCCAUAACAAUUCCUUUGUGGAACUGGAACCACUUCGCACCCGGCCAGAGGCGAAUGUGACAAUUGUUUUUAGCAGCGCCGAACAGAAUGGAAUUCUCAUGUACGACGGUCAAGAUGCCCAUUUGGCCGUGGAACUCUUCAAUGGACGCAUCCGUGUCAGCUACGAUGUGGGCAAUUAUCCAGUCUCCACAAUGUAUAGCUUUGAAAUGGUCGCCGAUGGCAAAUAUCAUGCCGUCGAACUCUUGGCCAUCAAAAAGAACUUUACGUUGCGCGUGGAUCGCGGUCUGGCCAGAUCCAUCAUCAAUGAGGGCUCCAAUGAUUUCCUAAAGCUGACCACGCCCAUGUUCCUUGGCGGUUUGCCUGUGGAGCCCGCCCAACAGGCCUAUAAGAACUGGCAAAUCCGUAAUCUGACCAGUUUCAAGGGUUGCAUGAAGGAGGUUUGGAUCAAUCACAAGCUUGUGGACUUUGGCAAUGCCCAACGUCAGCAGAAGAUCACGCCGGGCUGUGCUCUGCUCGAGGGUGAACCCAACGAAGGCGAAGAGGAUGAUGAGCAGGAUUUCAUGGAUGAAACACCGCACAUCAAGGAGGAGCCGGUGGAUCCCUGUGCGGAAAAUAAAUGCCGUCGUGGCAGUCGCUGUGUGCCCAAUGCCAAUUCCAGGGAUGGCUAUCAGUGCAAGUGCAAGCACGGACAGCGCGGACGCUACUGCGAUCAAGGUGAGGGCAGCUCAGAGCCCCCAACAAUCACUGCCGCCGCGACGUGUCGCAAGGAGCAGGUGCGUGAGUAUUACACGGAGAACGACUGCCGCUCGAGGCAGCCUCUCAAGUACGCCAAAUGCGUUGGCGGCUGUGGCAAUCAGUGCUGUGCCGCAAAAAUAGUGCGAAGACGCAAGGUGCGCAUGGUAUGCAGCAAUAAUCGCAAAUACAUCAAGAAUUUGGAUAUUGUGCGCAAAUGUGGAUGCACCAAGAAAUGCUACUGACUGAAAGAUGCGACUACCCAAUUGCUUAUAGGAAGCAAUAGCAGCUUAGAUGUUAGCCUAGGAACACAUUUAAAUUUAACUUAUAAUAUCAAUGAUAACUAUAAUAAUAACUUUAAUAAUAAUAAUAAUACUAAUAAUAAUAGUAGUAAUAGUAGCAAUAGCAGUAGCAGUAGUAAUAACUUUAGUCUUAAGCCGCAAAGCAGUAGAUUAAAUAACACGGGGCAGCAGCUGGGCGUGGCUGCUGUUGAGCAAGUUGAAAAGGGGCAGGAGGCGGAGUCAGAUGACUAUGCCAUGGAGGACAUAGAUACAGAUACAGAGCGCAUGCAAGCGGAUCUCUAUGACGAUGACGAUGACGACGAUGAUGAUGAUGAUGAUGAUGGUUUAGAUGAGGAGACGAGCUUAUUUGCAGAUGACGGCGAUGAAGAUGAAGACGACGAGGAGCCGGAAGAGUUGCCAGAUCCCAAAGGUCUGGUAUCGCCUGCUGCACAGCAACAACAACAACAGCAGCAGCAGCAGGAGCAGCAGGAAGAGGAGGAUAUGGGCUAUGAUGAGGAUGAUGAACGCUUGGCGCUGGAGCGACCACGCACAACGCGUCCUCGUGCCGAUGAGGAGCAUUUUGUGAAUGAGGAGGGCAGCGGCGGUGGCUACAAGAGUCGCUUCAAGCCGAACAACAGCUUUCGACUCAGUCAGCUGGAGAAGAUACGCAAGAAGCUGCUGACGGAGAGCCAACAACAACAGGAGGCAGCGGCGGUGGCGGUGGCCGUGCCGAGCACUGCGAUUGAUCUGCGCGAGAGCAGCGGCCAUUUUGCUAACGAUGAUGAGGAUGGCGAGGAUAACGAUGACGGUGUCGAUGAUGAAUACGCUGACGGCGGAAAUCGUGAUCGUGCUGGCUUCUUCGAUUCACAGCGCUCCAAGGGUGGCGGCAGUGCAUCCGGCUCGAAUCAGCAUUAUUUCCGCAAGAAUAGCAAUGAUGCCAUUAAGAUCAUAUCCACACCAUUGGGUAAGGUGGGCAUUGUGUAUCAACAGACGCCCACGGAUGGCGAACUGGAUCAGCAGCAGCAGCAGCAGCAACAGCAGAAACAACAGCUGGAGCAGCAGGCACAGCAGAAGCCAGCGACACAGUUCACCGAUUUCGAUGCCCUGUCACCGGAUCCAGAGAGCAGUCAUCGUUUUCCAUCGCCACAUCCGAAAAUAACGCCUGUACUAACACCCGAUGGCAAGGUGGCGCUGCUUUAUCGCGGUGAUUCGGAGAGCUCCAAGUACGAGCCCAUACGCAAUCUAACGCACAAGUACACCACCAACAGCAACGCCGCAAAGAAUGCCGAACAGUCCAAGCCAACGAACGAGGACAGCUCGGAUGAUUCCUCCUCCUCCGAUGAUUCCGUCUACACGGACAGCGAGGAUGAGAGCGCUGGCGAUAAACCCGCUCCGGCAUCAAAUGCAGCCACUGCGACGCCAAAGCCUCUGCAGCCAGAGAUCUUGGAGCCGCCAGCACAUGCACCAAAUGGUGGCUCCUUUAUAAUCCGGCCAACGUCCGACUCGCUGCUGCCGAUGAUCAAUCGACCGCUGUCCGAAGUGCUGGGCAUUAAGAAGAAUCAGUUCCAGGAGACGCGGGUACGUGAUCAGCUAUCCAAUAUGGGCGGCACAGAGGCCACGCCCCGUUCGCUGCUCGCUCAGCCAGACCAACAGCCGGAGCAGAAGUCAACUGGCAGUCUACACUUUCUCACCAAGGUCAAUCUGGCCGAGUAUCCCACAACGAAGCAGCAACAACAGUUGCCCACAGGACGUGACUUUGAUUUCAGUCGGGAUCACACCAUGCUGGAUGAGAGAUCGCGAGUCAGGGAACUGGAGCAGCAGCGGGAACGUGAGCGGGAGCAUAACGAAGCCACCAGCAAAGGAGGCGGAGGCACUGAAGCCCACACAAUUGCCAAUGAGCAGCUGCUGUCCAAGACGGAGGUCAUUAAUCUGGCCAUAAUACCGCAAUUCGAUGAGGACAUGGAACGUUUGCAGCGUCUGCACGAGAGCAGCGGCAUUGGAAGCCGGCGACAUCAUCGGGCCCGGCAUCGGCACAAGCAAACGGAGGAGGAGCUGUCUGGCAUCCAUUGCGUCAUGCAGGUCAUGAUGGGCAUUGCGGCUGUCUCCACCGUCUUUGGCAUGCUGGGCACCUUCUUUAAGCAGCGCAUUUUGGAUCAGCUGCGUCUGAUGCACUGGUAGUACAACAAUGGGUAUUCGAUCAGUAUCGAAUACCUUCCCAACCGAGUCCCAAAUCCAAUGAUCCCACAUAAAGUCUCGUCAUCAUCGUCAUUAGCAAGCAACCGUCAUGAUCAAACCUUUACUACUAUACUACUAUCAAGCGAGGCAACACUUUUCCAUUUACUACUACUACUACUACUACUACUGCUCAUAUAUACUCAUACCAUAUGCCAUUAUUAUAUAUAUACUAUAUAUACUAUCUUAUAAGUAGAGCUGGAAUACAAUCGUUGGCACCAGCAUUCAUUUUCCCAAGCUUUUCUACAUUUCUUCUUUUGGCUGUAAAUCAACCAACUAUUAACAUUCUGUUAACGUCACAUUAACAGCCGAGCUUAACAUAACAGAGAUUUGCAGGCUGAUUUACAGCCUAAGCCAUAAUUUGAUAUUUUGUGCCCACGAUUUCCAACUUUACUACCCUAUAUACACCCAUAUAUAUGCAUAUAUAUCAACAGCUAAUACUUAUACUAUAUUUUAUGUAUCAAGGAGCGGUUCUUCUCAGCAUUUUCCCAAAAUUUCUCGUAUACUUCCGCUUCUUUAUAUGUGACAACAUAUUAAUAACUUUUAUACAUAUAUAUUUAUAUAUAUAUAUAUAUCAACUAUAUACUUACUAGCAAGCUACCCAGGCGAUGUACAUAUAACAGCACAUUAUAACUGAACCAUAUUUAUAUGUAUAUGAACGCAACUGUAGCCCCUGCCGAAAUUGCAAAAAAAAAAAAGUAAAAUCCAAUGAAAAAUUCCCCAUUUUCCUCUUGUUUUCCAAUGCCAAACUCGUUUCUAAAUUUAACCACUUUUGUAUCCUUUUUCUAAAUUUCAUAUUCACUCCACAAAAAAACACACACACACACACAGACACCAUUAAGUGUAUAAGCUUUAAGCAAGUCAUUGCAUGUGCCACGCCCAUACCGCACGAACGCCCAAAAAAAAAACCAUAAGAAAAGAAAAGAACAUUCCUCCCUCCUGACUGCGCCCCGUCAAAAAGAAUUGAAUGUAGUGAACAGUUUCCCUUUGUAGAUAGAAAACAGUUGUUAAAAGAUUGAAACGAUAACGAUUAACGAUAACGAUAACACUACAAACAGCCGCACACACAACUUGUAACGGUCGUUUUAAACGCGCCGUGC